AAACAUUUCCAUUGUUUUCUGCAAGAACCAUUCUAGCAUUUGCAAAAGUUUUCUACUCAAAAUACAAGAAAGAUGAUGAUGCAACAAUCUUUAUUCUCUUAUUCACUUAUCCUCCUCUUUCUCCUCCAUUGCACCACAACUCUAGCCCAGCCAGCCGCUGCACCGGCUGUACCAGCUGGCCCUACUGCAGCUCCUCCACCGGGUCCAGUCGUAAAACUAACCCCACCACCUAUUGGAGCUCCAAUUCCUUCUGGACCCACCAAUGUCAGCAGAAUCCUUGAACAGGCAGGCCGCUUCACUUUCUUAAUUCGCCUACUAAAGACCACCACAGUCAUUGACCAAAUCGAGCAACAACUCAACAGCACAAACGGUCGCUUGACCCUCUUUGCGCCUACUGAUGCUGCGUUUUCCAGUCUCAGUUCAGGCACUCUCAACUCCCUAACGGAUCCACAGAAAGAAUCACUCAUUCAGUUUCAUGUACUCUCCUCAUAUAUAUCGCAAUCACAAUUCCAAACUGCAAGUAAUCCAUUAAGAACAAACGCGGGAGACAACAGUAGAUACAAAUAUCAGCUUAAUGCCACCGCUUACUCAAAUUCAAUCAAUGUAUCAACAGGUAUCACUAACACUAGCGUGUCUGCAGUGAUAUAUUCCGAUGGGCAGGUGGCUAUUUAUCAAGUGGAGAAGGUGCUGCUUCCGUGGGAAAUUUUUGGCUCUAAACCUCCAGCAACAUCUCCUGCACCGGCGCCCAGUGCACCGGCACCGGCACCGGCACCGGCACUGGCACCCUCAGCUGGAAAACCUAAGAAGGUGAAGCCUGGCUCCGUUGCACUUAGUCCUGUUGAUGAUGAUACUACUGAAGUGGAUGCCUCUGGUGCAGUGAGCCUCAUGACCGUGCAACAUGUGGUAUUCUUUUUGGCUGCUAUGAUUGCACCAAUCAUUUUUUUAUAGGCAAGUGGAACGGUACUGGUGAUUGAUAUCACUCUAUAUAUAUAUAUAUAUAUAUAUACAGUCACUAUGGCUGCUUUGCAAUAAUGUACUAAGGCAAUAUAUCUGCAUGAUCUUGCCUGUUUGAGUU